AUGCAGCAGCAGUACACCAUCAACGAGGUUCCAAGUCAGAGACAGACCUUCGUCGAUCGACGGCUCCGGAGCAGCUGCCCUCGGCCCUUCGGCUGGGCUCACAAAGGCCGGCACCGUGGGAAUGGGCAGCGUGAUGGAGCGGCUGUUGAGCAUGAUGACGACGGACGCCAUGCUUGGCCGGAGGCGUGGGUCCUCCUGCACGCAGAGCAGCCUGACGUGGAUGCACCUCAACAUCUCCUGCGGGCCCAGCCCAUCGGCUGGGCAGCCCUCGAGCAACUGCGACACGUUCUGAUGGCUCCAUUGGCCCCAAACCUGCUCGUGCCACACGCGAUCGGAAUUGAGUAUAAUUCAGUAAUAUGCUUCCUCGAUGUAGUCUCUACGCGCGAGACACGUUUAGAAAAGAUCUAA